CAGAUACAUCUCAAUGCUGAAUGCAUGCCAGAACCAGACCCACACGUGAAACUUCGUUGUAAAUUCAGGUAGCGCGUGUUGAUAAAUAAAAAAUUUUCGAGUUUAACUCUUCAAAAUGCCCAUGCCAGACAAAAUAUUAAUGAGAAAAAUUAAAAAACGGGAGAAGAAAAAGCUGAAAUUGAUCGCAAAGAAAACUACCGGAGAAAAUGAAGAAGAAAUCAAUGGAGACAAUGCACCGUCCGUCGAAUCAACGAAAAGGGCGUCUGAAAAUACUGAAAACAAUACUGAGAUAGUUCCAAAAAAAAAAAAGAAGAAGAAGCAAAAAUCUGAAUCCCAGAUUGAAGAGACAGAAAUAAAAGAGGAGCCAGUGGAUAGUAUUUCAGAAGAUGAUGUUAAUAGCCAAGAUGAAGAUAAGAAGAAUGAUGAAAGUCAAUUACCUGGAUCAAGUCUCUGCCUUGGAAUAUUAUCAGAUCAGAAGUUUUCAUGUUUAGAUGGAAAAGUUUGUGAAGCCACAUUAAUGGGUAUUAAGGAUAUGGGAUUUACAACUAUGACAGAAAUUCAAGCAAAAGCAAUCCCACCAUUACUAGAAGGAAGAGACCUAGUUGGGGCAGCUAGAACUGGUUCAGGAAAAACACUGGCAUUCCUCAUUCCCGCCAUUGAAUUGAUAUACAAAUUGAAGUUUAAACCUAGAAAUGGUACUGGUGUUAUAAUUUUGUCACCAACAAGAGAGUUGUCAAUGCAAACAUUUGGAGUACUGAUGGAACUCAUGAAAUACCACCAUCAUACUUAUGGCUUAGUGAUGGGAGGUGCGAAUAGGAGUACUGAAGCACAGAAACUUUCUAAAGGAAUAAACAUACUAGUAGCAACUCCAGGAAGAUUACUGGAUCAUUUGCAGAACACUCCCGACUUCUUGUUCAAAAACUUGCAGUGUCUUGUUAUAGAUGAAGCUGAUAGGAUAUUAGAAAUUGGAUUUGAAGAGGAAGUCAAACAAAUUAUUAAGUUAUUACCAAAACGACGGCAAACCAUGUUGUUCAGUGCUACACAAACAAAGAAGACAGAGUCUUUAACAGCUUUGGCAGUGAAACAUGAACCAGUGUAUGUAGGAGUUGAUGAUCACAGGGAACAAGCCACUGUGGACUCACUAGAACAAGGGUAUAUAGUAUGUCCAUCAGAAAAACGCAUGAUGGUUCUAUUCACAUUCCUGAAGAAGAAUAGAAAGAAGAAAGUGAUGGUAUUCCUGUCUACAUGCAUGUCUGUCAAGUAUCACCAUGAAUUGUUCAAUUACAUCGAUUUGCCAGUUAUGUCUAUACAUGGAAAACAGCAACAAGCUAAGCGUACAACAACUUUCUUCCAAUUUUGCAAUGCAGAAAGUGGAAUUCUUUUGUGUACUGAUGUGGCUGCGAGAGGACUCGACAUUCCUGCUGUAGAUUGGAUUGUUCAGUAUGAUCCUCCAGAUGAUCCUAAGGAAUACAUUCACCGAGUCGGCCGAACAGCCCGAGGUUUAGGCACCAGUGGACACGCUUUACUGUUCUUGCGACCAGAGGAGCUGGGAUUCCUUCGAUUUUUAAAACAAUCGAAAGUUACGCUCAAUGAAUUUGAAUUUUCUUGGAAUAAAGUUGCUGAUAUUCAGUUACAGCUUGAGAAGUUAAUAUCUAGAAACUAUUUUCUCAAUCAAUCAGCAAAAGAAGCCUUCAAGAGUUAUCUACGCGCUUACGAUUCGCACCAUUUGAAGACAAUAUUCGAUAUAGAUACCAUUGAUUUGGCAAAGGUAUCAAAAUCAUUUGGUUUCACUGUCCCACCUGCGGUAGAAUUAAAGGUUACCUCUAAAGGCCCUACACAAAAACGUAAAGGCGGCGGUGGAUUCGGAUACUUCAAGAGUUUAAAUAAUCCAGGACAAAAGAAGGACGCAAAAACGAAAAUUUACAGACAAAAAGGCAACAAUAAAAGGCCAGUUAGCUGAUGCUAAAAUUGCUUCACACUUGUGACAUUUUAUUGAUUUUUUUAUUGUAAAAUCAGUUUAUUUCUGGUAGAAUUCUCAAUGUCAUAUAAGCAAUGUCUAUGGUCAAAGUGAUAGAUAAAAUUGUAUGUUUAUACUAUUUUAAAGUUUACUAUGAUAAAAGAGUUGCCAAGAUUUAAACAUGCUUAUUCAUAUUGAUAUGAAAUUGUAUAAUAUAACACCAUGUCUCAUGUGAUAAAUAACUUAAAAUAAA